CCGGUCAAGUAAUUUACACCAUCAUUUUUGGCGUCGACCGUGGGACCGUUAAGGUUUUUUCUUCUCUAAACACAAACCUACCCACAAAAACACCACUCAAAAUGUCUUCAAGCCAGCAAAUGAACGCUACUUCCGCUCAAGUGCAAGCCACCACGGAGGGGGUCAGCAUCCCCAUGGUUGCUAGCCAACCGACUGUUUCUGCUCCCACGCUGUCGUUGGGUCUGAGCUCAGUCCCAACACCCAGCAUUGUCAGCCCGUUCACAAUCCCCGUCCCUUCCGCUGGACCAAGGGUCACAUUCCCACCAAGCAUGGCUCAGUUCAUGAGCGAUCCGGCCAACCUGCAGGCCAUCCAGGGCUUUGGCCAAGUCAUGGCCAUGUGCCAACAGAAUGGGGGGAUGCCCUUUCUCCCUGGUAUGUUCCCGUUCGCUCUUCGAGGCGCGGGAACCAUGCCCCUACAAGCUCCCAUGGCGGUGUCUCCCUUCCAGACGCCAGUGCCGCAGCCAUCACCUUUCCAGCCGCAGCUGAUCAGCGCCAUAACCCCUGUUAACCUGGCUGGCGCGCUUAACGCUGCAGGGCCGUCGCGUCCCCCGCAAGGUACGAAUCCAAAGAUCACCCUCGAUGGUCACUGCGUCUCAGUUGAGAGCGGAAACGAGGAGUGGGACAUUCCGAGGGCCCACAAGAAGAAGAAGGGGAAAGCCGUCCGGCCAGCCACUUCCCGAAACUCCGCCUUCGAAAGGCUGGGGGACAGGGAAGAGGGCCAGAGGAAAUCAGCCAAGCUGAGGCUGGGGCAAAGUGUUGCUCAUGUCAACGCGUUCGCCCGGUUAGGCGAGGUGAGGGAGGCCGAUCCUCCCCGCACCCAGCGCUCCCGGCCUAACCGGCAGGAGCCUGCGAGGAUGAGGGGCUCUCGUCAGGAAGAGGAAGCAGAGAGCCAGCCCAGGUUACUGGUGGCGAACCGGUUAACCGUCCCAAGUGACCGCGUCCAGCAGAUGGAGGCGAAGCUGGAAAGGCUGGAAAAGAAGGUUGGGGAAAAGAAUGACCGGGACAAACCCCUCGCCGGGUCCCGGUUCACCACAAGAGUCCAUCUGACACCUUUCCCGCGAAAGGUCAAGAUAGACGCUCCAAGGUUCACCGAGAAGGAGGAUCCAGAAAUCCAUCUGGACUCCUUCAACCAAAGUGCAACCAUGAACGGCUGCACAGACAAAGAAAAGUUCCUGCUUUUCUUCCCAACCCUGCGGAACCGGGCUACUGAAUGGUUCAAUAAGCUUCGUCCAGGAAGCAUUGAUUCGUUCAAUGACUUGGCUUCAAAAUUCAAGGCCAAGUUCCAGGAGAAUUGUACUAAGAGGAAGAAAUUCACCUAUCUUAGUACAGCCGGGCAGAGGGAAUCUGAGAACCUUACUCAGUUCCUUACCCGGUGGAAGGAAUAGGUAGACAAGGUGGAAGAAAUGGAUGACAUGACCGUCUUAUCCCUUCUCUUGAAUGGCUUACGUUCCGGGGAACUAUACAAG